AUGACGGAUUACGGCCAGAAUUUGCAGCUGGAACACCGGAUUGCUAUAUACAACUUGCAAAUCAAUGUAUGGACAAGGAUCCAUUAAAGCGACCAACUGCUAAAGAGGUUUACAAAAAAUUUCAAGAAUGGAAAAUAAUUCUUAAUAAAUCAAUUGAAGAAUUGGACCAAAACCAAACUAAAAUACAAAAUAAAUUUUUAAAUGCAGAUGAAAUAAUUCCUACAAUAAGACCAACACAGAAACAGCAUCAAGAUUAG